AUGGUCGUCUUCCUGCUGCUCGUCGCCGAGAUCUUGCCGCCGAAUUCCGAAGUGACGCCGAUGAUAAGUAUCUACUGUGCUGGCCUCAUGUGCGAGGUUAGGGUCUAGAAGUAAUUUAUUGUAAUAACUGAUUGGUUGGUCCUCUUUUGGUAUAUUUUCCCGUUCGAUACAAGGAGUGGACAAAACCUACUGCUAAAUAGAUUCAAGCAAGUUUAGCGGCAUAUGUGUUAUGCAUGCAUGCUAAUUUGCGCUGGAGUGCGGGGGAGGCAUGACGUCACAAGCGCCCAGGGAUCAUGUAUAGACCAUUAUAAAUUGUAUUUUUUCCACUGACUCGUCAGUGUGACAGGUGCCAGAGGGAUGCCUUGGCAGAAUUAUCAUGACGAACUCCUUGCUGUUAUUUUGCGGGUUGCUGGUAAAAUUGCUGCUCUAUUGCUAAUCUGUUGCUAAUCUAUUGCCAUGGCAAUACAUCUUGCCAGCAAGACGUUACAGCCUUCGACCACCAACGCACCCCACCUACCUUCUCUGCAACAUUUUAAAUGAUUACACUGCCCCUAAUUGACCAUUUGCGUAAUAGACUAAAUUUUGAUGUAAACAAGUGUAGUCAAAAAUUUCAUCACAGCUUGAAAGAGCAUCACAAAAUUAGUAAUAUUCCAAAGUUUCGUUGCGAAAUGUUGUAAAAUGCGGAAAAUAUAGCCUUGCGAAGUUUGCAAUUUUCAGUCAUUUUAGAUUACAAACGGGAAAUUGACAGCCUCGAAGUGUUUGGGGGGUUUCGCAACGAAACUUUGGAAUAUUACUAAUUUUGUCAUGCUCUUUCAAGCUGUGAUGAAAUUUUUGUUGAGAUCAAAAUUUAGUCUAUUACGCAAGUGGUCAAUUUGAAAGAGUCACUGAUUAGGAGUGGUUCAUUGCAGACUAAUUAUAAUCUUAGAAACAGUAAUACUGAUAUAAUCUUGAACUGUCUGUGCCAGUGUAGGUAGUGCCAAUAAUAUGAACAAACUUUCGUUGAUAGGGAUGCAACUACCUGAAAAAUAUAAGGAGAAUUUCGACGUUUCGAGCGAAGGCCCUUCGUGCUAGUAACUCCAGACGAAGGGACUUCGCUCGAAACGUCGAAAUUCUCCUUAUAUUUUUCAGGUAGUUGCGUCCCUACCAACGAAAGCUUGUUCAUAAUACUGAUAUGGCUCUUCCAAAACCGAGAAGGAAGUUCCUCAAAAGAAGCUUCAAAUACAGUGGCGCAAAACUUUGGAACAGCCUUUCUCGGGAUGCGAAAGAGGCGCAAUCUAUUAAAAUGAAUAUCUAAAUUAGUACGUUGUGUAGCCAUUUGUAAAUUACCUAUACUAAAAGUAAAAAAGUUAUUUUAAUUUAUAAAGUUUUCAUUAUAGGUUGGUCUUGCGCUGGUCGCUUCGUGUUUCGUCCUAAGGCUGUACUGUCGACACUCAGGUUUUGACAAAAUGCCAUCGUGGAUUCAGACAGUUGUCCUUGACUGGCUCGCAAAGUUGACGUUCACCUCGUCAGAUGUGAAGAAAGUCAGGGAAGAUAACGAGGAAAAAGCGGCUAAGUUUUUAGAACUUUUCAAAACUCGUAAAACGCCAGGUACUAUAUUUAUUAUAUGUAAAUGUCAUUAAUUCGAUUUUGUCGAAGAGAAAUGUUUUCUUGGUGAAAAUUUGGCUGAUCCAACCGUUAUAAAGUCUUUGUUUUUACCCAACCUCAACUUUUUACCCAACGUUAAAAAAGGAUAUCAACUCAGUUGUCACACAUGUCCACUUCUGUGAAAUGAAUUUGAUGCAAUUUUCUGUAGUGUAAAGUUUCAUGUUAUCUGCACAUGUACUUUCCUUGGAGACACCAUUUGUCUCAGAAAAUGAUCAAGACAAUGUAUUGACUUCUACAUAUUGUAUUGACAUAUAUGACUAUAUUGACAUUGUUUUUUAGUCUUCAAUAUUUGAGUGAGUUAUGCUUUGGAAAUGACAAUAAAUUUUUAUUACCCAACUCUUGAGUUGUUUUGUUUUUCAUUUACCCAACCUUUUACUCACUCAAAAUUGUAUUUACCCAACCCUUUUCUCUUUGGUGCCACCCCCCGCCAUACGUCUCUAAGAACCAUAUAUUUUACUACAAAUUUGUUUCGUAUGAAUUCACCUGAUGAGUGUGGCAAGCUUCGCUUGGUAUAUACAGUACAUAUACUGACAUUUCUAUAUAUUAAUAUAUAGGUUCUCGCAAUAAAGCUCGCGAUGGUCAAUUGAUGGAGUCCGUAUAUUUGUUGGCACCUGAGUGGGAUUCAACAUAUGAUCUUGAUACUGCAGGAGGGGCAGAGAAUGACGAUGUCUUUACAACAGGUAUAAAUCACUUCAUGAUGGAUAGCUCUUGCAGUUCUAAAAUGUGAUGGUACAUGCACAGCCUAGCUAUCAUCAUGGACUGGUAAAAUAAUUAGGAACAUUUCGAACCUCCCAAGGUGUCCGCCUUAUUACUAUUUGUGUUUUAGUAGAAGAAGGUGAAAUGGCGGGUGGUAAGGGGUCAGGUGAACCAUGGUCGUCGCACAAGUCAACAAGCAGUUGUUCACACAAGAAACCAAGUACUGUUUCUGGGCAUUCAGAGAAUGCUGGGAAUAUGGAGCUGGUAGUUCAAGGAAAUAAAGAUUGUAUUUGCAGGUGAAAUAUUACUACAUGUACUUUCUUUGGAGACACCAUUUGCCUUCUGAGAAAUAGGAAAAUGAUCAAGAUAGUGACUCUGAUUGAUUGAUUUACAUAUUGUAUUGACAUAUGCAUAUGACUGUUGACAUUGCUUUCUGUCUUCUAUAUUUGAAUGAGAAUAUUUGAGAAACAACAAUACAGUUUUAUUACCCAAUCCUUGAAUUGUUUCAUUUUUCAUUUACCCAACCUUUUACAAAGUAAUGACCCGUCCCUUAUAUUUCUUAAUAAUUAUUUCAAUGAUGUGACAUUGCAGUACACUCGUGGAUAAACUUGAACACCGUCAAAAGACCCUGGUUGAACACGUGAGCAACAUGACGAGCAUGCUUACUGAUCAGGAGAUUAACACGGAGAAGAAAAAAGAAUGGCAGCUGGCGUCGCGCAUCUUGGAUCGAAGUUUUCUGGUAUUUUUUGUCGUCGGAUUAAUUGUCUCUAGUUUGGCGAUCUUCAUGCAAAUACCGCAUGCUUAAUUAAUAUAUGGAGUUUGAAUUUUUAACAGAUUCUCACGUUGAAUAAUUUAAUCCUUAUAAUUACAGGCAUUUUGUUAGUUUAAGGAUUUUUGAAGGAAUUCGAUCAACAUAUAUCUGACAAAAUGUAAGAUUUUAAAAGUUUUUUGCUUCCUAUUACACUAACAAAGUUUCUGUGAUCACAGUAGGAAUUUUGCACAGGUAAAUUCUAAGUUUUAAAAAAUCGAAAGUUUUGAGGGAACCGACUCGACGUUUAACACUGAACACCAUGGUAAUGCCAUACGUUUCCCAAAUGAGCAGCAAGCAUUUGGGCAAAUGUUCAAAAAUCGGAAGAACUUUAAAUCCUAAAUGUGGGGAAAUGCAAUUUCAACCGACCACUUUAAGUCAGAUCAUAUUAUUUGGUCAUUUUUUAUCGCAAUGAUUCAAUACAGGUGUCACUCGACAGCUAAGAGUCUGAUCUCUAUAAAUGCGAAAACAGGAAAUCUAUAAACGUAAUAAUUAACACACGAUAACUUGUUAAAGUUGGGUUACAUUUUUUUAUGCACCCUUGUACAUCAAUAAUUAUUCAUUAAUUAUUGCUCGUGACAGCCUUAAUUGCAAUAGCUGUAAGAAAUAAAUUAUUUCUUAGCCAUUUAAUAGCUGAAACUUAUUCUGACACUGCAAAGAACAACGAAAAAUUCGUCGUUUCGCGCAAUGUCAGAAUGAUAUGAAACUACAGUAGUUUUUUCAUUCCUCUCAGAGUCUCAGGAUGGUUUUGAAAUAGUCGAAACUUUGAUAUAAAUAUUUCAAAUCUUCCAAGCGGCAUUUGGACGCGCAAGGCGAGCCGAAAAUAAUUGUAUGUUAUAACAUUCAAUAUACGUUAAAUUUGCAUAAUUCUAGCUAAUAAAACCUAAAAUAUGCAAGUAGUAUAGUGGGAUGUUCGGGACAAUGAAACUACAUUGAAACUUCCGAUCACUGCAUGGAUCGUGACACAGGAAAUUAUUUUUAAGUGUGCAUUACAGUGAAGAGAGCAAAUAUUGCCAGAGCAAAUACAGGAUCGAUUUGUCGAUAUUAAAGAUUUGCUUUGUUGUGUAAAUAUAUUUGAUAGAUAUGCGUCUGCAUGACAAUCCGUCUGUUGACUAUACUGUAUAACGCCAGGUGAAAUUUAAUUCGCACAAUACAUUGCGUCAAUACAAGACUUUAAUGCGCUGUCUGAGUGGAAGAUUUCAAAUCAAAAUUCUGAGGUAAGAAAUAUAAUCAUUUCUAUAGUAAAACUGCACUGUUGAAUUCAGUUGUACUGUAGUCUGUACUCAGUACUGUUGACUUGAAUUCAGACAAAAGAGCCUCCAUGACGGAUGAUAUUAGAACUUUAUUACAACUUGACUUUGCCGUUUUUAUUAAAAUUUCAAUCUUCUUUUAAAUUAAAAUUGCCUAACCCUAAUUAACGCAUAAUUGGAAACUGCGGCUCUGGUAUUAAUAUAUAAUUUUGCCUUUUUAGACAUGAGAAAAUAGAUGUGCGAUUGUCUAGAAAAUAAUGCUAUCUCCUGAUAUUUCAAGUAAAACAAGCGUCGCUUUGAUGCUUUUGGCGCUAACUGUACAGUUAGUAACUGGAAAGCAGUUGUCGAUUACGAGUGGAUUUUUUAAAAAAUCUGUGAAAGGUAUAAUAAAAACGGAUCUUUAAAAUUUAAUUAUAAUAUCUCUCAAAUUUGGAAGUCCAAUAUGGCAAUGUGUAUAUUUUUAUUCAAAUGUGGAGGUCCGGUGGUGUAGGUAGUAUUCUAUUCUGACAAGCUACCGUGGUUUGUGAGAUAUCUUUCAUAUCAGGAGUCCAGACACAAAUCACGACAGCUUAUUGUAGAAUACUACCUAUAUACUGGACCUCCACGUUUGAGAUAUCUUUAACAGGUAGUUCAGACACAAACCACAACAGUUUAUUGUAGAAUACUACCUACACUGGCCCCCACGUUUGAGGUAUCUUUUUCAGAUAUAGUUCAGACACAAACCACGACAGCUUAUUGAAUAUUUAACAAUUAUUCGCCGAAGGCGAGGUGAUUAUCGGGGAAUAUUCGCCGAGACGAAGUCGAGGUGAAUAUUCCCCGAUAAUCACCGAGUCUGAGGCGAAUAAUUGUUUUAGUAUUUUUGGGACUCGAUUUAUUUUAAUUUCGCUUAUUUUUUUAUCAGUAUAACGUCCACAACGUCCAGUAUAACGUCCGCCAUUUUGAAAAUUUCGGUUUUGUUAUAUUCACCUGUAGGUGAAUAUAACAGCUUAAUACGUCAAAUUUGACCAAUCAACUUGUAGGAUUUGUUAUGUUCACUUGUGCAAAAAUAGUAAUGUAGAAUACUAUAUACACUGGACGACCACGUUUGCGAUAUUAUUUUAAUUUCAGGUAGUUCCGACACAAAACACGGCAGCUUAUUGUAGAAGACUAUGGAGCAUGGUUAUAGCGAUCCUAUUGAUUUCAGUGUAAUAAUAUUGUGGAGCUUUUUUAAAUAGUUCUCUAUAUAUUCACAGGUGAACGCCUCGGCGACUGUUUAAUAUCUGAGAAGAUUGUCUUACAUUUGAUUGAAUGUGGUCAAUGGUGUCUGAACCUUAGUUGCCAGUCAUUCAACUACGGAGAGAAGGAGGAGUCGCAAAGAUUGUAUGUUUGUCAGUUGAACUACUGCACUAAAAAAGAUCGCCUCGUAUCGGUGGAUAGGAAAUUUGAAUAUUAUGAAAUGGUAAGAGAGCCUGCUGCACUGCAGUGACGGUUAGCUCAGCUAUGCAUUUUCACCGCACACGUUGGGAAAACUAUACUUGUUUUUGAGUUAAAUUAAUUUGAAGGCAAAACUUCCGCCGUCUUGAAACGUCAUUGUUGCCAUAGCGAUGGUAGUGCGUAACUUUUGUACAUGAAGACCAAACUCACGUGAAGAAACUGGGUUCUCAUUGCCUAGUUAAUUCAAGCAGAUCAACACUAAGCUCGCAACACCCGCAGACGUUGAGAUUUUUUCCUCGCGAGGUGAAAAAUACCAAACACGAUAGAUAUUUUCCUCAAGGCCUCGAGAGAUUAAUUAUUAAAUCCUCACGAGGAAAACAUACUGAGCUAGACGCCACGCAAGGCGGUUAGCUCGGCACGUUUCUCUCGCGUGUACGGCAGACUUUUGGGCAGUUUUUUUAAAAAUAUUGGCUAGACAACCUUUUCCGUUCAUUAGAGAGUUUUAGAUUGACGUAUUUUCGUAUUUCCCGCUAACUGCAAACGGCUAAAAAUCACGUGACAGCCAUCUUGCCGUCAGGUUACACUUUCGAAGUAGACGUUUCUACGCGAGGUAGGCUGUUUUCAGGUAGGUAGUUUCCCUCAAGGUUUUCAUCCAUUUUUUUGUUCUUUUUCUCGCGUAUAAACAUGGCACUUAUGUUUAUUAUCACUAUGACUUUCUUUCUUGCAUAAAAUAAGGAUAUGAAACUAUUGUCUUCCACUGAAAUAUUGUGUCGAAUUCAGUCGAUGUCAAUAAAAAAAAUGGCGGGCAAAAGCAUAGCCCAAAUGCAUAGCUGAUUUACACUGUUAUUUGUUUUUCUCAUAAUUUUGAGAUUGAAAGUUUUACUCUUAGGCUAAUUUUGUUGCGAAUUUUAUAUAAAAUCUGUUUGUGUCUAAUACAGAACUUGGAAAGAUCUCAUAACCACGAAACCCUUUCGUUAGCCAAGCACACAACAUGAUCUUGCAUUAGCUAGUGCGGUUGCAAGCUGCCUACCACAAAAGCCAAUGGAUUGGGAUGCUAUUGCCCACCGAUUAAGUUCACAUUUUGGAAGUUAAAACCUAAAUCGUCUUCAAAAUCCGAACUGCAAACUUGUAACGGGUACGCCGACUACCGGUUUGCGGUUUGUCGUAAUAAUGACGAACGUCAAUCUAAAACUCUCUAUUAAGUGUUCUUUUACUCGGGCAAUCCGUAUUUGUACUUUUACACGUUCGGAUUUGAAUAGGAAUAAUGCAAAACUCAAUAAGUUAUAAAAACAAAUACCGAUUUGCAACGUAUCGUUAAGCAUGCAUAUCGUUACCGAUAUAGUAAAAUAUGCGGGGAAGUUCAUUAAACAAAGUAAUUUUGAGAGGACGCCAAGUUUUAGGUACUCUUGAACACUUUUCAUCGCAAAAUGUGUGACAUUGAAAAAAAUUGCCUCUUAAGCAAUUUAUGUUAUGGUGAUGAAUACAAUGCAAUAUUUUUUUUCGGCUUUGUUCCCGUAUUCCCAUUGCAAAAUAUGCGUUAUUUCCAAGCAUGGGUUGUCUCUAUUAUGUACCGAACAGGUUGUCUCUAUUAUGUACCGAACAGGUUUUCUCCGGGCGCGCCAGGGUUUUUUAUACAGUGGUAACACUGUUUUGUAUUUGUUGUUAGAAAAUUAACAAUAAUCCUCCUUUUCUUUAGGUGCCUCAAUUGUCAGAAUGCGAACGUUGCUCAG